AUGCUUGAAACCCUCAAACCUGGCAUGACCAAACCGGAUGUUGUCCGUUGCCCUGAUGGCCACUUUCGACGAGCUGUGUAUGGUCUUGGACCAUACAUAGCUGACUAUCCCGAGCAAGCACUGCUUGCAUGUAUUGUACAAAAUUGGUGUCCAAAAUGCACUGCACCAGCAGAUGGUCUCGAUGAAGGCACAUAUGGCCAAUGUUCCCGCGAUCACACCGAAGUUUUGGUUGAGGAAUUUGAACUAGGUGUUCUGUGGGAUGAAUACGGCCUUGUUGGAGACAUUGUGCCAUUCACUAAUUACUUUCCACACGCCGACAUACACGAGCUCCUCUCCCCAGAUAUCUUACACCAGCUCAUCAAGGGAGCAUUCAAGGACCACCUAGUUAAGUGGAUACUGGACGACAUUGACCAUCGCAUCGCUCUAGCUCCGGUGUUUGCAGGCCUUCGACGAUUUCCAGAGGGUAGAGGAUUCAAACAGUGGACUGGUGACGACUCAAAAGCUCUCAUGAAGGUCUACAUACCUGCUAUCAAAGGUCACGUACCCACAGAAAUGGUACAGGCUUUGCGAGCGUUACUCGACUUCAUCUACAUCGCUCAUCGCAACAUCAUCAGCUCUAACAGCCUCGACGCAAUGGAUGACGCCUUGAAGCGUUUCCACAGGUACCGCGAGAUAUUCCAAACAUCCGGUCUCAUUCAAGCGUUCGGCGCACCAAAUGGGCUUUGUUUGUCUAUUACAGAGUCCAAACACAUUAAAGCUGUCAAGGAGCCAUGGCGCCGGUCGAGUCGUUUCGAAGCUCUCAGUCAAAUGUUACUUACCAAUCAAUGUCUCGACAAGCUAGCCGCUUCAUGUGUUGAUUUUACUGACCAUGGGAUGCUACGAGGGACGUGUUUGUCAUACGUCCUCAACAAACUUGGGAUACUAAACACUCCAUUGGAAGCACACAUUGAACGAGAUAUCCCAGACCAGGAUGAGCCUUUUGGACGCUACCAUCAUGCAACUAAUGAUGCCGAAGGUCAUGCAGACGAGGAUGAGGGUAACACCAACGCUGAGCCUGACACCAAUGCCAUUGAUGGGCCAACAGUACUACUUGCCCAUGUUGACCUGGCAAAGACAGCUGCCAAACGGAUCUACCCAGAGCUCAUUGCAAAUCAGAUAGCAUUUUCUGCAUGA